AUGCAAGUGUAUAAGAUAGUGAAGGAAGGAUUGAAGGAUGAAGCUCCUGCAGAACUAGUGAAUUUGAACAAUAAACCACCAGAUACACUAAUCAUUGAGGAGAUGCAGGUUUGGGUGGAGAAACUGGAAGAGGAUUUGCAUAUUAUAAGGGUAGAUGACGAAUAUUCAAUCUUAUGUGCCAAGGAUUUGAAUCCUCGUAAAGAUGAAAAAUCAUCUCCUACUAAAACUAAUGUGAAGAAGAUCUUCAUUCGAUCGCGCUUAUAUAGAGAGCUUAAUCUACAGUCGACUAGAGGAUCGAUGCGUCGGCUCAAAUCCGGUGGUGCCAUAAGAGAGCCUAGUUCCUUCAAAGUUGGAAUUGAAUACCGAAGAUUGUUAGCUUUAGAAAAUAGAGAAGUAAGAUUCUGA